UCAGAAGCCACAUGAGAAACCACUUGGACUGGCUGAGAAGAAAGAAUAUGAUAAGAAGAAUGGCUGUGUGAAAUUACUGCAGUUUUUAAAUCCCGAUCCUUUGAGAACUGAUGGAAUCUCUGAUCUGCAGCAGUUGCAGAAGCUGAAGUCGGGCCCGCAGCAGCCUGUUGCGGUGCUCCGGAACAAGAUCGAGCCCUGCCUGACCAUGGAUGUGUCGCCACUUUCAGCAGACCUGAAAAAGGCUCUUCAAAGAAAUAAGUUUCCGGGACCUAACCACACUGAAUCUUACUCUUGGCCUCCCAUAGCACGUGGCUAUGAUGUGGUUGUCAUUUCUCAUUGUGGAAAUGACCCUUUGUUGUACCUUCCACCAGUGCUUACAAUUUUGCAAACAGAGGGCUGCUACAAGUCAUUACCAAGUAGAAAUGGACCUCUUGCAGUCAUCGUGUGCCCUGGGUGGAAAAAGGCCCAAUUAAUUUUUGAAUUAUUGGGUGACUAUAGCAUGUCGUCCAGGCCUCUUCAUCCUGUGUUAUUGACAAUCGGACUCCGCAGAGAUGAAGCCAAAAAUGUGAAGCUUCCAAGGGGGUGUGAUGUGAUUGUUACAACACCGUAUAGCCUCUUGAGACUUCUCACCUAUCAAAGCCUGUUGUUUCUUAGACUCUGUCACCUGAUUUUGGAUGAGGUGGAAGUAUUAUUCUUUGAAGCUAAUGAGCAAAUACUUGCUAUAUUACAUAACUUUAAAAAAAAUAUUGAAGUUGAAGAAAGGGAAUCUGCACCACAUCAAAUUGUUGCAGUUGGAGUUCAUUGGGACAAACAUAUAGAACAUUUAAUCAAAGAGUUCAUGAACGAUCCCUACGUUGUAAUCACAGCCACGGAAGAGGCUGCUCUCUAUGGCAAUGUUCAACAGGUAGUGCAUCUUUGCCUAGAAUGUGAAAAAACCUCUACUUUACUCCAAGCUCUUGAUUUCAUUCCAAGUCAGGCACAAAAGACUUUGAUCUUCACCUGUUCUGCAGCUGAAACAGAAAUAGUGUGUAAGGGCUCUCCUGCAGAACAGGGAGAUAAAAAAACCAAAUCCAUCCUGCUGCUGACAGAGAGAAAUGCAAGUGAUGCAGUUGGGGUCCUGCGCUACUUGGAGCGAGCAGAUGCCAAAGUUCCACUGGAGCUGUAUGAGUUUACUGCAGGAGUUCUGGAAGCCAAAGAAGAUAAAAAAGCCAGAAGGCCUCUUUGUCCCUAUCUUAAGGCUCUCGGUUUUUGCAAAAACAAAAGGAUCUGUCCUGACCGACACCAUAUUAAUCCAGAAAUGGACAUGCCAAGGAAAUUGUCCAGCCAAGCUCUACCAAUGUUUGGAUGCAUUAAAAUAAUACCUUUUUAUAUUUCGAAUGCAACAAAUUACUUUGGUCGUAUAAUUGAUAAACAUGUGGAUCUUUGUGCAACUCUGAAUGCUGAAAUGAAUGAGUAUUUUAAGAAUUCCAGUAAUAAAACCACUGUUGAAAAGGCGGAGAAGUUUGGAUUAUAUGGAUUAGCAGAAAAAACACUUUUUCAUAGGGUUCAGGUGUUGGAGAUGAGCCAGAAAGAAGACACUUGGGUCCUGGAUAAUGUCCUUGUAAAGUUCAUAGAUGAAGGCAGGACUGGACUUGUCACAAGAGGCCAACUGUUGCAUCUCCCAGAAAACUUCCACACUCUUCCCCCACAAGCUGUGGAGUUUAUUGUUUGUAGGGUGAAACCUGCUGACAAUGAAAUUGAAUGGAAUCCAAAGGUUACUAGGUACAUUCAUCAUAAAAUUGUUGGAAAAUUGCAUGAUGCAAAAGUGGUAUUGGCUUUGGGAAAUACGGUUUGGAUUGAUCCAAUGGUGCACAUUACAAAACUUUCAAAUUUGAAAACUUCUAUCAUUGAUUAUAAUGUUCGAGUUGAAAUUUUGUCAAUGGGAAUGGGCAUUGAUAAUCCAGAACAUGUAGAACAAUUGAAAAAAUUAUACAAAGAAGCUAAAAUGCCAGCUUUUGAAGAAAGCUUAAGCCAAACCCUGGCACCUCCUUCAGCAGAUGCUGCUGCUUGUCUGCAGAGCACACACCAAGAGGAUGGGGGUGAAGAAAGAGAGGUGGACUCCAAGACAAAGUCAGAAGACCCAGAGUCUGAAACUUUAUCUGAAAACACUGGAGAUACUUCCAUUAGCACAACUACCCAGCCACAUCUGAAAAGCUUCCACCCACAAAUAAAGUGGUUCCAAAAAGAUGAUGUCGUCAUCUUAAAGAUAAGAAUAAGGAAUGUAAAAGAUUACAAAUGUAAAUACUUUAGAGACAGAGUCAUUUUCAGUGCCUGGGUGGGAGACAAAUUUUACUUGGCUGAUAUGAACCUGCAGGCCAACAUAAUAGAAGAUGACUGCAAAUGCAUAAUUAAUAAUGAUGAACCUAUAAUCACUCUUGCAAAAGAGAGAAGGGAAUCUUGGAAUAGCUUACUCAAACAGAGGAAUCCUAAUGUGGCUUUUGAUUUUGAUCACUGGGAAGACUGUGAAGAGGACAGCCACUUCUCCAAGGUUAUAAAUUCUAAAAACCUGUCCCACAAAGUAGCUGAGGUGGUUGAAAACAGUAGCACGACUUCGGAGGAUUACGAAAGUGAUAGUGAAUGAGAAUGUGAAUUAAAUCCUGAAGAGUGGCCAGAAGACUGAACAAGAAUGGAUGUUGCUAUGAGACUGAAAGUUAAGAAAACAAGUGGUCAUAUCCAAA